UUCCUUUCCACGAUUUGGAUUUUUCGUUUAAUUGGUAGAUAUAAAAUACCGCAGAAAACGCAUGCUGUAUGCUGUAUUUCCAGUAGACCGUAGUAUAUUAGACAGGCAAGAUGGACUGGCGCGUUAUUGCUUUGUGUUGUAUUGUGUGUGUUAAUUUCAGUGGUGCAACAAUGUGUUCGCCAAAUUCAAAGUUUAAAAUGGACUGUAACUUUUGCAUAUGUUCGUCAAAUGGUAAAGAGUACACUUGCACAAACGACAGAUGCCCACAAGGGAAUAACAAUGACCAAUUCUACAGAACCCAGACCAAAGACGGACAUGUGUUGCUGGUUCCAAAGGAUAAGGAUCAAUUUAAAGCAGAUGAUGAUGCUUUUGUUUUGACCAGAAACUCAAGGAAACCUCGAGUCUCGGAAGGAUAUCCUUACAUCAAUGACAUGAUGAAUAAACCUAUGAACGAUGAGGAUACUAGUGAAGAUGUGGAAAUGAUAAAACCAAAACGAAAUUCUGAAAAUCUGGAAACCAGCGAAUUUGAGCCAGAAGUUCCUGUUGAUGUUCCUGUUGACGAUAACGCUGAUAGUAACGAAAUCGAUAAUGCCAGAUGGGCUCCCUCUCAGCCACGCAAAGUCCCAGACUUUCCCGAAUAAAAAAAUGCGAAUUUGGUUCUUUCAAUUCACUUCCUAAAGGUUUAAUAUUUGUACACUAGAAUAUUUUUUAUCUAGGCCACGUAAGGUAAUAAUUUUUAAUGUUUUUAUUUAUUUUUUAAUGUGUUUAUACGUAUUUAUUUUGUCCUUGAUAUGGAGCUUAUUUCUCACCAAUAUGUUUACAAUAAUGCAGUCAAAACAACAAUAUGUACUCAAAAAUGCUUUAAGAAUCAAAAUGUAUUAAUAGGGCUUUUCAUCGAUUGUCAUUUGUUUCGAGCGUCUGUCAUGGGUCACAUAAUAUUAAUAUAUCUUAGUCAUACGUCUUUGGUUUGUGUCAUUUAUAUAUACCAAUAAUGUAUGACGUAGAUAUAUUAAUAUUAUGUGACACAUGAUAACGAGCGAUCCACAAUUAUUGGGACCAAAGCUAGCCGUGCAAAAAAUUAAGUAUGUCUUGUUUUAAUCUGAAUUUAUAUCAUUAUUUUAUCAAUUAAUUUUGAUUAACAUUAUAAAACAUAAAAAAUCAGUAAAAACCUUUAACACAGAAAUUUAAUCAAAAAUAAAAAAAAAACAAAAUUAUAAGUAACAAUAAUAAAUAAAAUCAAACAAGAUGCUGUUAUAUGUCCACCACCAACAUCUUUACAUAACCUAACUUUUCUUGAUAAGUUGACGUACACUGCAAAGUUGACGUAAACUGGAAAGUAUAUUUGAAUUAAGAAUAGUCAUGCACUGUAUAGCUAUCUCUGUCGUUCAGAGCCACCUAUGGUGACAAUAAUUUUGGAUCACACGUUAGUAGCUCUAAACAAAUGACUGUGAAUGAAAAGCCCUAUACCUACAGAUUAAAACAAAUUGUGAUUUCUUAUGGUCAUCUCAUAUACCAGUGGCAAGUCACACUGUUUUUAUUAUUUGUCCAUUAUAGGUACAGUACGGAAAAUGAAAGACUACCCAUGAGCCAUAUUAUUAAACACAUAUUUUCUACGUUCCAGAAAGUAAUUAACCAGUACCAGUAUUAAAAGAACAGUUUAUAAUUAUUACAUGUACCUACUUGUGCUGGCCAGCAUUUUUUUGUGACACGGUCACAGGAAAAUACAGCGUGUUUUAUAUGUUUGUUCAUGGAAUCUUUCAUUUUUCCUACUAUAUAUACUUAAUUUAGAAUUUUGUAAAUGAAUUUUAGCUUAAGUUUUCUUAUUUGUAAUUGGAGGACAAUGAUAACGUGUAUUUUUAAACCUACAUAAACAAUGUAUGUACGAUCUGAAUUUAUUACUUAAUAUUGUAAUAGUUGUUAGAACUUUUUAUAUUUUGAUUUGUUUACAUAAAUCUUGCAAAUAAAAGAUAUUUUUAAAUC